AUGUUUGUGACAAACUGGUUCAACAAUCUAAGCAAUCGCAGUUUGGCGAUAACACUGUUAAUUUGCAUAUCCUUAAUAUAUGUAUCAUAUACAUUUAAUUCGUGCCUAUUAACGAGCAUUAGUCGUACAUUCCAAAAGAACCCUCUCCGCAGUCUACUCUUCGCCGAUGAUGCGCUCGUCGUUGUAUCAGCUGCGCCUACAGCGUCUAGGCUUUCAACACCAAAUGCAAGUCUCACUAAUGCCAGCGUGGCAUCAAAACAGACAACGGAAGCAUUAAGCUUGAGCAAUCAUGGCGCUUCCGUUGUACGUAGUAUAUCCACCGCAAGUGGCUCAAAUAACAACAUCAAUAGCAACAAUGCCAGCAACGCUACACAAACACAGGAGCCGGCUGCUGAUGGUUCGCCAAAAUAUCGUUUCCUACGCCAACAAGGUCUACAUCCGUCUCGUCAUCUUCCCGACACGCUCAUCAUUGGUGUGAAGAAGAGUGGCACGCGCGCCUUGCUCGAAUUCAUACGUUUACAUCCGGAUGUGCGCGCCGCAGGCUGUGAAGUGCAUUUUUUUGAUCGUCAUUAUCAGCGCGGUUUGCGUUGGUAUCGUCAUCAUAUGCCGUAUACUAUAGAGGGUCAAAUAACAAUGGAGAAGACACCAAGUUAUUUUGUGACGAAGGAGGUGCCACAGCGUGUGCAUCAAAUGAAUGCGGCGACAAAACUUCUCAUUGUCGUCCGUGAUCCCGUGACACGAGCCAUAUCCGAUUACACGCAAGCGGCUAGCAAAAAAUCGGAUAUGAAACGUUUCGAAGAUUUAGCUUUCGUCAAUGGUUCAUACGCUGUAGUGGACACCGCAUGGGGACCCGUUAAAAUUGGCGUUUACUCGCGUUAUUUGGAAAAGUGGUUGAAAUACUUUCCGCUCUCCCAAUUGCUUUUCAUCAGCGGUGAACGUCUUAUAAUGGAUCCUGCCUACGAGAUUGGACGCGUACAAGAUUUUUUAGGUCUUAAACGUGUCGUGACUGAGAAACAUUUUUACUUUAAUGCGACCAAAGGUUUUCCCUGUCUAUUCAAGUCGGAAGCCCGUUCGACACCACAUUGUUUGGGUAAGACAAAAGGACGCAAUCAUCCGCAUAUCGAAGAAGCUGCCAUUGAACGUUUACGCGAAUUCUAUCGACCGUUCAAUAAUAAAUUUUAUCAAAUGACUGGCAUCAAUUUUGCAUGGCCCUAA